AUGCAGGAAACGCUACCAAGCAAAUACACGCUCGGGGGCCGCGCUACGUCUGCCUUUGUUUCUGGUAAGGCUGAACUUGUAAAAUUCAAGAAAAAAUACGGCACAACUCACAUUAAAAACUCCGAACCAGUUCACAUAUGGGUUAUAGGUCCAGUGAUUGAUGCUGCUCUAGACCUGGGAGAUCUGAUAGCCAACAAACAUGGCUACCAGGCUAUCAGUGAGAAGUCUUUGUUAGAGGCCGAGGCCGCCACAGAUAGCGACCGAGGCCGAGUGGUUAAAGCCAUCUUGGAAGAUAACGGCCUUGUGUCCAUGAGUAUAUUGGAGGACCUGAUCAUUGAGUCACUACUAGCUCGCUCUCCGGGACUCAAAGGGGUUGUAUUCUCCGACAUUCCCCGCUGCAAGUGCCAGGCUAAGAUGCUCAAGAGAAUCGUGGGGUCAGUUUCUCUGGUCAUAUAUAUGAGAUGGUCGGAAGACGGCCUCAAAUCAGCUUUGAAGUUACAGAAUGACGAGAAGGCUUUCGCCAAAAGUAUGGAGGAUUUUAACAAACACACACUUCCACUCGCCACUCAAAAACGGUCAUUUACUGUUGAAGGUGAUGCGGGCCCCGCUGCGUGUUUGGCUGCAUGUUCUGACAUGCUAUGCAGAGUCUCGUUAGUCGGCUGUUAA